AUGGCCUCCAGCUACUCCCCGAAAUACUUCCUUGUUAGCUUCCCAGCUGAAUAUGUCGCCCACGUCGAGAUUAACCGGGCAGACAAGCUCAAUUCCUUUUUCGAAGCGAUGUGGUUAGAACUCCGCGACGUAUUCAAUCAGCUCUCCCACGACCCCAACGUCCGCGCCAUUGUCCUCUCAGGCGCUGGUUCCCGCGCAUUUACCGCCGGUCUUGACGUCAAAGCUGCAUCCAAAAGUCUCCUUGGGCCAAAGCCGGAUGGAGAUGCUGCUAGGCUUGCUGCCAUUUUCCGCCGUCACAUCGCUUCGUUCCAGGAUUGUAUCACAGCCGUGGACAAGUGUGAAAAGCCGGUCAUUGUAGCGAUGCAUGGGAUAAAUUUUGGACUUGGAAUCGACCUGUCGGUUGCUACUGAUAUCCGAUAUUGCUCUGCUGAUACCCAGUUCUGCGUCAAGGAAGUCGAUAUUGGCCUUGCUGCGGACAUCGGAACGCUUUCACGACUACCCAAGGCCGUAGGGAGUUAUAGCUGGGUCAAGGACGUUUGUCUUACGGCGAGAGUAUUUGGGGCCAAAGAGGCGAAAGAGGUCGGAUACGUUAGCGCUGUAUUUGAAAAUAAGGAAGUCAUGGUUGAGAAGGCGUUGGGCGCAGCGAAGUUGAUUGCCUCGAAGAGUCCAGUUGCUGUGCAGGGAACCAAAGAGUUAUUAAAUUGGUCUAUCGACCAUUCCGUCCAGGACGGUUUGAGGUAUACUGGUGUAUGGAAUAGUGCUGCGCUUCAGACGGGCGACAUCUCGGCGGCUCUCCUAUCGGGUCUGGAGAAACGCACUCCCACUUUUGAGAAGCUAUGA